GUUGAGGAAGAGGAGGAGGCCAAACAGACGUGGGAGCCCAACUCUUCAUCUGAACCCUAAUAAUAAUAAUAAUAAUGAAUAAAACAUUUCAUCCAGACGGGUAAACGGCGCCCAAACACAGCAGCUAAGCCGCCUUAUUAGAGCCAUGUUCAGUCUCAAAGACGCCGGAGUUCUCGGCGUCUCCGCGGUUCUUGCCGGGGGAGUAGCUUACGCUAUCUGGAACCACGUUGCCGCCCCUCGGCAGGAAAAGCCCGACACACGGCCGAGAAAAGCCGGCGGAGCAGGCGAUAAUGCCGGCGGAGAAGAGAAGCAGGAGGAGGAACGACAUAAGGCGGCUCCGGUUGAAGAAGCCGUCGUAGCUCCGGUCGAAGCUCCGAAAACAGCCGCGCCGGGUCCCACGGAGUCAGAGAGGACUCAGGUUCUGGUUCUGGGUCUGGAUGGAUCCGGUAAAACGAGCCUGCUGCGCUGUUUCUCCGGCGGUGUCCCAGAGCGGGACGUGGCUCCGACGCGGGGCUUCAACGCCGUCUCCUUCGGCAGAGACGACCUGCGCGUCGAGUUUCUAGAAAUCGGAGGUGGGGGGGACCUGCGUCCGUACUGGAGGAGGUACGUGUCCAAAGCUCUGCUGCUGGUCUUCGUGGUCGACUCCUCCGACCCGAAGCGUUUCCCAGAGGCCAAGGAACACCUGCACGAGCUGCUGACCUUUGACCCCUGCCUGCCCAUCAUGUUGCUGGCCAACAAACAGGACCUCCCGGGCUCCUGCAGCAUCGCGGACCUGUUCGGCGACCUGGCUCUGUCCGAGGUCGGGGACCGGAUGCUCCUCCUGAUCGGGACGCACGCGAAGCCGGGCGAGGCGGAGCUGAGCUCGGGCGUUCAGGACGCCCGGGACAUGAUCGCCCAGAUUGUGGCCGACGCCAAAUGAAACGGACGCUUUCUCUGUAAAACGAGCGAACGGCUGAUCCGUUAGUUUUAUUAUAAGACUCGUUUUGUUUUUUGACUUCAGGCUGUUUCGGUCCGAACGUUCAAAAUAAACCAAACUAAAGGCGGUUUCGUUU